AUGAAACUCGUGUUGCUGGUUUUGUUGGGCAGCGGUUUUAUUGGGCAAUUGACGAAGACCCAGUUGGUUUACAAGCUUAAGAAAAUCGAGUGUCUGGUUAAUCGGACGCGAGUAAGCAACGUGUCUUGCCAUGUGAAGGCGGUGAAUUGGAAUCUGGCAGUGGUAAAUAUGGAUUGCUUUAUGAUUGUGCCUUUGCCAAACCCAAUUAUUCGAAUUCAAGUUUUUGCAAAAGACUAUAGCAACCAGUACAAACCAUUCUUGGUUGACGUUAAAAUCAGAAUAUGCGAGGCGAUCGAGAGAAGAAACUUUAUACCGUAUGGCGUCAUAAUAUGGAAGUUAUUUAAGCGUUACACGAAUGUUAACCACUCUUGCCCUUUUUUGGGCCAGCUGAUAGCUCGUGACGGUUUUCUGGAUACUAGUCUUCUGCCGCCUUUUCCUCAAGGACUAUACCAAGUCAGUUUAGUAGUUACGGACACAAAUUCGACGAUUAAUGAUUAUGUAGGCACAAUGAAGUUCUUCCUCCAAGCCAUGGAACAGAUAAAAACCAAGAAGCCUCCUAGUGCCUAAUGUUAUCUAAA